UGUGCGCUGCUCCUCCUGCAGCCGCGGUCGAUAAUGCCGAGCCGGGUGAGUGGAGUCUGAGAGAGUCUCACGGAGGGAAUCCGAGAGAAUGUGGGGCCAGCAACAUGGAAAGGGAAGGUGGGAAGCCUGCGGCUGUUGUCGCGGUUGUGACUGGGCCUCGGUUUACCCAGCGAUACAGGGAAUAUCUCGAGAAGCAGAAACUCCUGGAUAGACGGCACCGUGUAGAAAAGAUGCCGGAUGGCACGGUGGCGCUGCCCGUGCUGGGAGAGACUCUCCCUGAGCAGCACCUUCAAGAGCUGAGGGAUCGUGUGGCUCCAGGCAGCACCUGUAUAGUAACGCAGCUCCUGGAUCCUGUUCCCUCAAAGAAGGCCCAAGGUUGUUCACCUGCCCAAAGGCUGUGUCUUGAAGUGAGUCGCUGGGUAGAGGGCCGGGGAGUGACGUGGUCACCUGAGUUGGAGGCUGAUUUGCCCAGAUCUUGGCAACGACAUGGUGACCUCUUGUUGCUGAGCGAGGACUGUUUCCAAGCCAAGCGAUGGAAAAAUCUGGAACCAGAACUCUGGGAGACUGUUGCGUCUGCACUUGGCGUCCAUCGUGUGGCCAAACGAGGGCGGGUAUCACCAGAUGGCACUCGAACACCAGCAGUGACUCUGCUGCUGGGCGACCAUGGCUGGGUAGAGCACGUGGAUAAUGGGAUCCGAUAUAAGUUUGACGUGACCCAGUGCAUGUUCUCCUUCGGAAACAUCACUGAGAAGCUUCGAGUGGCAUCGCUGCCCUGUGCUGGAGAAGUGCUGGUGGAUCUCUAUGCAGGGAUUGGUUAUUUUACAUUGCCCUUCCUAGUCCAUGCUGGUGCUACCUUCGUCCAUGCCUGUGAGUGGAACCCCCAUGCUGUAGUUGCUCUGAGAAAGAACCUUGAUAUCAAUGGAGUGGCAGAUCGGUGCCAAAUACACUUUGGGGAUAACAGAAAACUGAAGCUCUCAAACAUUGCAGACAGGGUGAACCUGGGACUGAUUCCCAGUUCUGAAGAAGGCUGGCCCAUUGCCUGCCAAGUGCUAAGACGGGAUGCAGGGGGCAUUUUGCAUAUCCACCAAAAUGUGGAAUCUUACCCAGGCAAGAAUCUCCAGCCUCCUGGAAGCAGUGAAAUGGAGAAGGAGCAUCGGCCUUAUCCUCAGCAAAUUAUCAUCAACCAAUGUACAAAUGGAGCAACCAGGGGUUCUAGGAGAAGAACGCUGUCAGCAGCCACCAAACCAGAGUGGCAGAGGUGGGCGGAAUCUGCAGAAACUCGUAUUGCCGCCCUUCUUCAGCAGGUGCACGGGACACCAUGGAAGACACAAAUCCUGCACAUCCAACCAGUGAAAUCCUAUGCUCCCCACGUGGAUCAUAUAGUGUUGGAUUUGGAAUGCCGCCCCUGUCCUCUAGUUGGCUAGAGAAGGUGGAUCCUGAGACACAAGGAUCUACAUUUUUCUCCAAGCACUUGCUGGAUUGGCCUGGUCAGGAAGAGGCAUCUAAUGGAACCAAGGAAAAAAGACUGAAAGGAUCAGGAGGCUCAUGGAGUGUUUGUCACCUCAGUCCAGGAAUGUGUGCUGAAGGCUUCCUUUGUGAGCGUCAGUAUUAGUUGCUGGGUAAGGCACCCACUUGAUGGAGAGAUUGUGAUUAAAAAACAGUAAUGAUAAUUUUAUUAAACUCCCUCA